AAAAGAUUAACAAAUUGGAAUAUUGAGUUUCUAUUCAAUAAUAAUAGAAAAAAAUGUUUUUCUAUUUAUUAUUUAGUGAAUAACAAAUUGGGUUCACAAGCUAGCCAGGUUCGAGGGGACUGGACUUGGGUAAAAUUAUAUAUAAAAAUUCAUGCCAUGAUCAAAUCCAUGGACAGAUAUGUUAUCAAAUGCAGGCCAAGAAAAUACAAGCUACGCUAUGACACAGCUGGAUCUGAUUAUUGGAUUUAAGAUGCUGGUUGUUUUAAUAGAUGUUUAUUUGAAAAAAAAAAAGGUACCAAAGCAGAGGUAUAAAUAUAAACAAGAUUUGUUGAUAUUAUGUCAAGUUUACAUCUCAACAAUACGAUUUCGUUUUCCUCUUGAAAAAAGAAAAAUCUGAGUAAUGGGAGAUUUAGAUUAUGAAAUGGGCAAGGAAAAAGUCACCAUUCACACUACUUUAUAAUGUACUAAUCAUUUUAGUCCUUCAGAUCUUAGGAUUUUAAUUUGUGGUCAAUCAAUCGAGAUUUUUUUUAGGUGGAGAAAUAUUGAAGCUUUGGUGUCAAUCCACUGAAUACAAAGAUUAACACAGCAGGUAAAUAUCAGUAGUGUUUGUUGACAAAGGUGAAGAUAAUUCGUCAACUAAAACCUAGGAAAGGUGCAUUGAUUAGCGCCCUUUACUCAAUCUAAGUUACUGUAUCAGGCACAUGAUAAAUCGCCGACCAACUCACCAACCAUUUAACAUAUAUUUGCUUGAAUAACUGAAUCAAUUAAGUUUACUAUUCAGUAGGCACCAAUGCCCUUUUGAAGGCUGUGGGUUUGAGAGAACUUAAGGAUGUAAGAUGGACAGAGAACUGAAGGGAUCAUAAACAAGAAGCUUUAAGAUUUUGCUUUACACUUUAGAAUAUAAGAUGGACAGAGAUUUUGAGGGACACUGCCAUAUCUUUGCGGGUUAGUCUUGUCUGGGUAAUUCAGUGCAGUUGCUUUUAUCUUGAUUCACUCACAGUAGAGUGGACUCAUCUUUAAGAGUUCCUUUCACUGUUAUAAAUAUUCAUGCAGGAGUUCUGCACUGAAGCUAUACUUUUGUGUAAAAAGAGUUAAAUGUUGACAAUUACAUACAUACACACACAAAAAAGGAAAGAUAAAAAGGGAAUUUAACAGGAGACAACUGCCAUUUGUCAGUGUGUUAAGUCCCAUCUUCUCUCAUUAAUUAAACAACACAAUUGCAACGUGCUUACAUAAAUCUACCUUUGAAAGAUCUCUACUUCAUAAACAUACAAACAAAUCCAUCAAAUACCAAACCCCCUCUCCCCUUCUCUUUCUUUCUUCAACUCAAACAACAGCAAUAGAAAAACAAGGUUAAAAUGCCGGGUGAUCUGGCCAAGACAGACUCCGAGGCGAGCAGCCUAAGUCAAUCAUCGCCACCAAGGUCCCCUCGUCGACAAAUGUACUACGUUCAGAGUCCAUCAAGGGAUUCCCAUGAUGGUGAAAAGACUACCAACUCCUUCAACUCCACCCCGGUGCUCAGCCCCACCCACUCUCACUCCAACUCUUCCUUAGGCCCUCAUUCUUCCCGCGAGUCUUCUUCCACCCGCCUCUCAAAACACCAUGGAUCUCGCAAGCCUCGCACCAAUAAGCAGUCAUGGAAAGAGUUCGACGCCAUUGAAGAAGAAGCUUUGCUUGACGGUGAAGCUGCCCAUCAUGCCCUACACCGUCGACGUUGCUAUUUCCUCUCCUUUCUUGUUGGCUUCUUCGUGCUUUUCACUACGUUUUCAUUGAUCCUAUGGGGCGCUAGUAGACCUCAGAAACCUAAAAUCACCAUGAAGAGCAUUUCGUUCAAUGAAUUUGUGGUACAAGCUGGUGCAGAUUUCUCAGGGGUGAGUACUGAAAUGGUGUCGAUGAACUGCACAGUGAAGCUCACAUAUCGAAACACAGCUACAUUUUUUGGGGUUCAUGUAACAUCAACACCCUUACAUCUCUCUUACUCUCAGCUCACAGUGGCCACUGGAUCGAUACACAAGUUUUAUCAAUCAAGAAAGAGCCAAAGAGCAUUGAUUGUGAUGAUGGAAGGGAGUCAUAUUCCGUUGUAUGGAGGAGGAGCUAGCUUGGCUAGUCUCAAUGGUGCACCCACUCAACCUGUGCCAUUGACACUUGACUUCAUGGUUCGUUCCAGAGCUUAUGUUUUGGGCAAGUUGGUGAAGCCCAAGUUCUAUAAAAGAAUUCAAUGUUGGGUUACCAUGGACCCCAAAAAGAUGAGUAAAGCUAUUUCACUAAAAAACAAAUGCAGUUACAGCUAAUAAUUCAAUACAUCUGUUGUACUUUCUAUCAACAGCCAGGCUUAGAUUCUGGGAAGGAUAUUUAAUGAUUCUCAAGGGCAUUGGAAAUGUAGUAGGGGUGGGUCGGUGGUUUCAAUAUUUGUUUUCAAGACUUGUAAUUUGGAGUUUGGCCGACAUUUUUUAAUGGAUGCCUAUUUUGCUUUUAUCGUUC